AUGUCCUCUGCUGAAGACGCAGGUUCGGGUGAUCUAAAGGCCGGGCACCCGCCGGCAGUCAAAGUUGGCGGCAUGAGAGUGGUAAAGCAUAAGAAGGAAAGUGAGAAGUCAGAACCUGCGACCAUGACCCCUGAGGAGGAAGCUGAGUAUGGGUCAAGCCCUCCAAAAGCAGACAAGCAUCAUCAGUCUGUGGUUGUGUCUGGAGCUGUUACUAAGGGAGACAAAGAUUUUACUACGCAGGCGGUUAAAAGCUUCCACGAAAAACCAGCUCCUACGCAUGAUGUAAAGCCACGCCCACCCCAGCAGAGCCAGCACAUCCACCAGCCCAGGUAA